CUUACUCUUACUCAGCACUGUUUUGCUUUUAUAAUAUUAUUGUUAGUCCAAUAGUCCGCAAAUUUUGUUGAGUUUUGUCGUUUGAGCCUCCUUUCGCAGGCUUUUACGGUAACACGGUAACUUUUUUAGUAACAUUUCACUAUGUUCAACGGACUCCUGCAAGUAAACAGCGUGGAUGUUGUGGGCGCCGACGGUCUAGUGCGUUACGGACGCGUGAUAGACCUGGCUGACAACGGGUUUUUCGUGGAUUUCUUAUGUCCCACGGGACGACGUCGAUUUUUUCCUUUUGACAGCAAUGUCUUUUUGACAACGAGAUCUAGUCAUCCGUACGGGAUGGAUAUAGCUAGUGUGUAUGCCCAUCCACAAUUGCUCAUUCCCGUGGAAGUAUUGAUGCGUGAGUCUGGUUCCAGUCGAUGGAAGUGGUUUCCUGCAGAAAUGAUCAAUCUGGCGCGUGGCAGAAACCAUGAGUCGUACGACGCCGUUGUCGUCAACUGGGGCAACAACUUGUCAGGUGCAGACAUCGUACCCGCUACGCGAAUCCGUCCAAGAGUUCCGACGACUUGGUGGGGCAGGGUUGAAAACCAACAACAGCAGAGAGAAUUUCGCAGUGAAUACGGCGUUUCAAUGCAGAGCUCUAGCCACCGCGUUACCCUUAGCCAUCGUGUAGGAAGUCGAGUUGACAAGCAUUCUUUCGUGAUGCACCGAAUUAAGUUAGCGAAGAAAUAUUGGUCGAUUUCUUUAAAUAAUCUGCGGAAAACGCUGGCGAAUGAGUUCCGUUGUUGUAACUAUGCGAACGAAAGGGAAAUUGCACUGGUUGAUAUCAGGGAUGGAUUUUUAUGGUAUCUUGAAGGACGCUUUAAGUGCUAUGAGUUAGAAGAAGCCGAAGAAGAAUUUGCGAGGCAAUCAGCUGGGAUGGAAGAAUUUCCGCAUAUGGUCGCUAUGUAUCUUGCAUACGUUUUGGCUAUGUCUAAAUCUCCGUCAACGGAAUUUGACAGUUCAGACGAUAUUAGUGUAUUGCCAGUAGAUGUGUGGCUGGAGGUGUUCUCCCAUCUCGACACGCUGACGCAGAAUUCACUGCGCGGUGUGUGCCCCGACUGGGCUUCUAUCAUGCAGUCCCCUCUGCUGACUACCAACAUCGUUACGGGAUCUCGGAAACUGGAUGCUCAGGAGCUGCGUGACUACAAUCUAACUGCACCUAUCUUCAAAUGCUUGCGGCCAUCCACGCGCCGCCUCAUUCAGGCCAACCCACCGGCACCGUUCAGUGACUGCGGACAAAUGAGUAGUUUCCUGAAAAUGACGGAUAUAGUGCGGUAUGUUCAGGAAGCGACUCCCAGAGUGCAUUUGUCCGAGGUGUAUCUCGUGCACCAUGCUUGUGUUGUGAAUUUCAAGUGCAGCGACAGGAUGGCACAAUGUACGAUGCAGCUUGCUGAAGCGGUACUGGCCGCCGUCCGGCUAGGAGACAGGGAGGACAGUUCCUUGGAUGAGUUUAUUGCGGCCUGUCGAUGUCUUCCCUGCGAUGCGGUACGGUUGAGCCGAUGCCGUUUUAUAUUAUCGCUUAACCUGGCGCCGGGCGUGUUUAAACUUGCUGUCCAGAUUUCCGCUGCGCGUCUUCCAGUGAACGAUGAUCUGGCCGGCGCGGUGUGGGGAGCAUUGGAGGCGGGUUUGCCGAUGCCGAGCGAGGACCAGCUGCGCGGACUGCGGACGUCGUUGGCCCGUAUUACGGAUGUGCCGGACGAAGAUCGCAAGUUUCGAUACUACCAAAGAAUGGCUUGCAGGUUGCUGCAUGCGACGCAGACAGCUGAUCCGCGCUCCUCAUUGCAUUACCUCGGAAAACAGUGGUGCGUGGAUGGGCUGCAAGGAUUGCAGGUGGAGAAGUUGUCACGCAUUGCGCUGCACUUCCUCAUGCAGCUGGCAAAAGAUGUCGACAGGUUAUGAUAUCCGCCCGUGGCUAUAUCUACUAGCAUUCCAGAAAGGAGUAUUUCCGUCGGAUUUGCGAGAUUUUCGACGGAAUUUGUUUUUUGUUGUAUCAAAUAACCUCAACGUCCCAAAAAUGGAUUUCGAAUGAGCAUUCUUUUUAC